UCAAAAUUCAAAAAUGUUCAGCUUAUUAAAAGGACUCUGGGAGUAUUUCUUUAGAAAAGACGAGUACUUUGUGGUUAUACUAGGACUGGACAAUGCUGGGAAAACAACAUUUUUGGAGACUAUAAAGAGAAGGUAUAUCAGUAACUAUCAUGGAAUGCCACUGGAAAAAAUAAGCACCACAGUAGGACUGAAUGUUGGACGUAUUGACGUUGGAGUUCAGAGACUUGUACUGUGGGAUUUAGGAGGUCAACAAGAUCUUCAGACACUUUGGAACGAAUAUUAUGCCGAGUGUCAUGGAGUUGUCUACAUGAUUGAUUCAUGUGAUCGACAUGCUCUUCAGAUAUCGGCAGAAACGUUCAACAGAGUGAUACAUCAUGCUGAUCUUGAUGGAGCUCCAUUACUGAUACUAGCCAACAAGCAAGAUAGAGAGGAUGCUCUUCCAUUGACAGAAGUGGAGAGUGCUUUUGAUACAAGUGUUGAAUCUAUCGGUAACAGAGACUGUCGCAUACAGAGGGUCUCUGCUUUAAGAGGUGAAGGGGUGUUUGAAGGAAUUGAAUGGUUAGCUCAGAGAGUGAAGGAAAAACCAAAUAGACCGUUGAAACCAGUCAAGUCGUAAUACCUAUUUUAUUGUCAUUUUCUCUCAUGUUCUUGAUUUCAUUUUAACAUGGUAAUGGUACAAAAUUUUAA